UACGUUAUACAAUACUGGUAUAUACAAUGUUGCCAAACCGAACAGUAUUUUGGUCCGCAUUCAACAUUCCGCUGUUCGACCUAUAGAGAAACAGUACUGUGGAUUGUUUGUCAAUAUCUUGGAGUUAGUUGAUUUUUACCAACAUUUAUAUGUAAAGCAAUUGUUUUACAAUGACACAAAAAAUCAAAAAAAUAUCCUGAUUAUAAACGUAUCAGAGUGUUUUGUGUAUAUAUAAAAAACAUACUGAUAAAAUAAUACUGACAAAAAGAACAUCAUAUAUGUAGUAUAAUGCUACUUUUAUAUGCAAGUGAGGAAUUCCAUCUGUUUCGUUAGAAAAAAGAUUGUUUGAAAUUUUUACAUUAUAAAAAAUAUUUAGACUUUUCAUAAUUAAGAUUUUAUUAAUUAUACAUUAUCAUGGAUAUUUAAUACAAAUAUCUGUUUUAUAAGUGAAAAAGUAAAAAUUUGUAAUAUAACAAAAAAAGACGGAUAACCCUUAUUAUAUAAAAAGUUCCAUAAAUUGGUACUUAUCGAUACAUUUUUAAAGAUGUACCUCAGAAUGUCACAACAAAGAGAUAUAGAUGGUUUAUAUAAUAAAAAUGAAUACAUCCGACAAUUGUGUAUCUUGUUUAGUUGAUGCACAGAAUAUUCUCUUAGGCAAUUGUCUAUUUUCUUUAUUGCAUAUCUUUAUUCUUGCUCUUUUGGAGCAAUCUCAUUGUCAUAAAGUAUCCAGUGUUCAUAAAAUCACUUUUAAUGAGGCUGAAAGCACGUAUAAGAAGGCAAACUCUCUUUUGAGAAGUUAUAGUGUUCUACAACUGACUUUCAUGAACAAUGAACCAUUCGGGAAGUGGAAAACGUCAGGCGAAGGUUUUGGAAGAAAACUAUUGGGACUGCAGUGUCUGCACGUAUAGAAAUACCGCAGAAGCAUUUAAGUGCCUCAUGUGUGACGUCCGUAAAGGAACUUCUACGCGGAAACCCCGCAUUAAUCCCCAACUUGUAGCACAACAGGUUGCACAGCAACAAUACGUACCACUUUUAAAACCAGGAAAAAAAGAAGGUGGAAGUGGAGGUAGUACAACUAGUAGUGGUAAAGAAAAAGAUCGUAAAUUGGACAAACCAAGACGUAAAAAUAGGCAUCCACCCCGUCUCAAAAAUAUAGAUCGUAGUACAGCCCAGACCAAUGAAGUGACAGUAAAUAAUGUUACUGUCGUUAUUACAGAAUAUAAGCCCAAAGUGAAAAAAAGUUCAGAUCAAUCUGGUUUAUCUAGCAGUGCUUCUUCUGAAAAUGGAAGUCAGCAUGAUUCUAAUCAAGACUCUAGAAGUCUGGAUAUAGGAACAGAUGCUUAGCUCAGUGCUAUAUCACAUAUGUGUAUGAAUUAAUCUAAUUAAUAUAUUAUAUAAUGUAUGUCAUUCUUUAUGGACUAUGGUCCAUUAUGUAGACAAAAACAACCAUUUGUCUAUAUGUUACAGGUUACAUAACAUUCAAUGAGGUCAGAUGUUUUAUGCUAUCAGUGGAAUCAUUGAAUUAUGUCUUCAAUAUAAUCUAAGAAAUAUGUCAUAUAAUGUUGCUACAUACUGACAUCAAAAUUGUCUGUUUCAAUGACAGUAAUCUUGACAUCUAAAAGCAACAGCAAAAAUAAUUUUAUUUAUGCAACUUUGGAUAUUACUUAUUCUACUUAAUAUUAUAUAUAUUGACUGUAAAAAUGCAUUAUAUGCCUUAAUAUGGCAAAUGGAAUUUGAUACAUUCAUUGUUGACAUAACAAUGUCCACGUGACUUUCAUUGAAUCUAUAACACCACUGCCAGAAAGCAUGUUGUAAGAUUAUUGUUAAUUAGAAUAUUUUAACGAACUCAUUUAUGUAUAAUAUGAGGUAUUUAACUUGUUUAUUUAAUAAUGACUAUGA